UCUUUUAUUAUGACAUAAACAGUAAUAAUUGUGAAAAGGACGGUCAGUCAUUCCAUGUCACAUAACACGGACCUUAUAUAAUGAUUUUUAACUUCAUAUAUCAAAUACUUUUCAAGAUACUUUAUAAAAAUAUCACAUUGCAAAAGACACAUAGUGACAGUUCCUGAAUUGUACUGUACAUGAAACAUAAACAUAAAAUUCUCAGACACAAAAAUAAAGAAAGUCUUUUUUUCAUUCAACUUUCCUGUAUGAAUUAAUGCGACUGCAGUGAUGCAGAUGCUGACGGAUGCCGGUCCGUCAUGGUGAAGAGAGAGCCGUUGAUUUAUCAGUCGAUCUGCAUCCCCACCCUCACCCAUUCUCACAAACUCUGGCUUUGACCGAAAGAAUAAGAUUGUGGAUGCAAACGACGGAAGUGAGUUUUCUCCAAGGUGUGGCUGUCAGAGUUAGCCAGAGAUAGGGUGAGGAGUUCGGCAAUCUGCUAUUCAUCCAUCUGGUAGAGCUGCUAUUCCUCCAUGUUAAAUUAACCAGUUGAGGAUGCCUGUUAAAGAAGCCUACUGGAGCUAGGUGUUUCGGGCAAGUCCCACUGAAAGAGGUCUCAGGGAAGACCAAGGACAUGCUGCAGAGAUUCUAUAUCUCGGCUGGUCUGGGAGCACCUUCGUGUUUCCCAGACCACUCGGGGGCCUGAAAGCUAAAGGCGCUGCUUUCCAUUUUACUUUUAAAACAAGUAACAGAAACUCAGUUUUGCUUAAAAAAAUAAUGAAUAAAAUCUGAAGCAAUGUUAUUUUUAUUUUGACGGUGGGUUUUAGAAAGAGUGACGUUGUCAAGAAGGAAACCACUUUUGAUGAUAUCAAAUUAUCCAGGUAAAGACAUUGAUUCUCUUAAAAUGUUUCUCCCAAUCAAAGCACUAUGUUCACAUGAGCCCUAUUGCCCAAGGAUCUGAAAUUGGACUCUUAAGCAGACUUUUCAUAUUUUUGUAUUUUAUUAGCAGAGGUUAGCUUGGGCCCCAUCAGGAUCCUGGAUUCUGGUCCUGAAGGUCUCAUGAUUAAUGCCCACCCUGAAUCUGCUUUCUCCUCCUUUACAGUUGUAACUCCAUGUGUUGCUGGCGACCUUUGUUCUAACAAUUUCCUCUUUCUGUCCUCCAGUUUAUCUGUCUGCCAGUCCAAACUUUCAGCAGUUCUUCAGUGGACCCACAUCUGUGUCUUUGGGCUGCGUUGAUGAUGAGGAUGGACAGGAAGUUGACGGAUGGACGGUGAGGAGGACCAGAGGAGGACUCACUGAGGACUGUGGAGCAGCUGAAGACUUUGUGAUGAUUGACAGUUUGUGUCUUCUGGAUCGUAACUCGUCCUACAGUGGAAACUUCUGGUGUGAAAGCUUAUCUGGAGAGAAGAGUGAUGAAGUUACCAUCAGCGUGUCCAGUACAGAAAAAAAAGGUGUGAUCAUGGAGAUCCCUGUACUUCCUGUGAGACCAGGAACUGGUGUCAUUCUACAAUGCAAGAAGAAGAACGGUGACACAGUUCCAUCUUAUUUCUUCAUGAAUGGACGUCUCGUUGGACCUGGAUCUACAUCGGAGUACAACAUCAGAAGAGCCCAGUACUCUGAUGAAGGUCUCUACUGGUGUGCUACUGAUACGUUUGGAGAAUCUCCUCAGAGCUUUCUGAGGGUCAGAGGGUCUCCUAUAACGUCUCUUAAAACAUCCGUCUCUCCACCUCCAGUUUCUGAGACCAAUUCUUCCCUUUCCACUUUGCUUCUUCCAAACAAUUCUUCCUCCCCUCCUCCUCCUCCUCUUCCUUCUUCUCCCUCUGUGUCUUGGAUCAGAGUCAUCUGCCACCUGUUGGCCUUCUGCCCGUACUGCAUCUGCACCAUCCUGCUCCUGUCCAUCUGCUGCAGCAGGAGCUCAGGUAACAAACAUGCUGUCUCCAUGGAGACGCCCCUGCGUGACGCGGAGUAUGAUGACAUUGUUGCUGAUGUCACCACUGAGCAUGUCUUCUAAGCUGAUAGAUCCUCUGAGGAAUCUGAAAGUGUCCAAAGCUGUAAACUCUGUUCACUGAUCAAUCAAUAAGCUGUCAAAUUGAUUUCUGAAGUAUUGAAUCAAAGUGUAAAAACAUGAAUCUGACUAUUUUAUAUUCACAGCUGUUUGUUUCUGUGAUGUUUUUGUGCUUUAACUGGAUCCAACCACAAUAAA